AUGGCUUCAGGAUUGGCUGGAAUUGCAAUAGUUCUUGGUACUGCUGAUGUUCUCCAUGCUUUUGCCAUUGUGGAGAAGGAAGACAUGUUCAAGAAGACCCCUUGCCCAGCUUUCCUGAUGUUUGAAAAUGCUGCUUACCUGGCUGACAUGAGCUUUGAGCUGCCUUGCAAUUGCAAGCCCGAGGAAAUCACUUCUGUGGUUUGGUACUUUCAGAAGAACAUGGGCAGUCAGCAGACUAAGGUCUUGACAGACUUUGAUGGCACUUUGGUUGUGGACUCCAGCCACAUCAAGAUGGGCAUCGACAUGCUCCGGCGCUUCAGCAUAAGGAUGUUCAGUCUCAUUGUCUUCCGUGCUCAACUGGAAGAUUCAGGGCACUAUAUUUGUGGUACAAAGAAAGGAGAGUUCUUCUAUGGCUAUGAUGUAGAUGUGCAGACUUCCAAGGACAUAACUGUUGCUUUUGCAGAUGAGGAUCAACACCCACAAAGGGACCACAAUGAGACACACUUCAUGGUCUUCACCAUCUUCUGGGACUGGACCAAGUGCAAUCGCUGUGAUGUCAGAGGUGAGCAACGAAGAAUUGGGCUGUGUUAUGUGCAGAGCCCUUAUCUGCUCAAGCGAUACCGUACUACUAUAGCAGAGGUAGCCUCCUGUGGCUCAAAGUCAGUCCCACAGCAGUUUCGGGGUGUUCAAAUUAGGAAGCCUGAGGUCAUUAUCCGAAGUUGCAUGGCAUCUUGCAGAAGGAAGAUAUCCGCAAAUGGAGAGGCAUCCAUCUCAAAUGUCAUCUCAAAGCUUGGAGAAAAACCCUGGGUUCCCGACAUCCCAAUUCAAUUCCACAAACAGGCCCUUGGCAGCGGGUUGAUCAUUGCCUGUCCUGGUGCUCGGCCAGAGCAUGCCGUGGCUUGGGACAAAGACUCAACUCGGCUGUACCUCACUAGGUUCCUUGCUGGGGUCAACAAGAGCAUGAGGGUCUUCAUUGAUCAUGGAAAUCAUCUGCAUAUCCGCUUUGCCCAGAUGAAUGACAGAGGUAUCUAUUACUGCUGGCGAGAGGGGCAAAUGGUUGCUGGUUUCCGGCUAUCUGUGGUGUAUGAGAGCCGCCACAAAAGAAGCAUUGAUGAUCCUGAGACACAAUAUGCUAUCAAGGCCAUCCUCACAAGCUAUGUCUUCAUUGCCCUCCUCUUUGUUGUCAUCCACAUUGUCCGCUGCUGCUUUUAUGCCUUCAAGUGCACAUACGUUGAAUAG